GAAUCUUGCAAUACUUCGGCUUGGAGCUUGUAACGAUUCGGAGGUGUCCGUCCCAGCUCAGCUCUGCUCCGCUCAGAAAUUUCGCGUUCUUUUAGUGAACGGCACAAACGUGCAAACGCGCGCCAGUGAUAAAAUUUGGAUCGUGAAUUGAGACAGAGAAUCGAAAAACAACAGAACACCUUAAAUCGCACUUAAGUGGAUUUUAAUUGACGCCUUGUCGCGAAUUGUCAUCGGGUUUUUGGCUUUGGCUCCAGAGUUUUAUGGGAUCGUUAGCGGGAAUGCAUAUAUUACGCGGCUGGCUAUGCCUGAUGCUGCUGCUAGGCGCAGCGGGAAUGCUCGUCUCUGGCCAGUACUUCGCCUAUGCACCUGGUAAGUGCCAGCUUACUACAUCGAAUGUGAUCGAGAGCAUGUUCUCCACGGAGCUGCGCAUCAUCCUGCAUACGAGACCCAACCUCCCACAAUCGAAAUUGCUGCACUAUGACCUCUACACGCCUCUCAAUCCGGAAGAGCGUCAGUUUCUGCGACCAGGAGAUGUCAGCAUGCUGAAGAACUCGCACUUUAAUCCCAAAUGGCCAGUGAGGGUCCUCAUCCAUGGCUGGGCAGGCAUGAGCACAACCUGCUCGAAUGCCGUCCUCAAGGAUGCCUACUUAUCCCGCGGCAAUUACAAUGUCAUCAUCCUGGACUGGAGUCGUCAGGCGAUGGACAUUAACUAUGGACGCGUUUCCAAGCAACUGGCAUCGAUAGCCGGCAACGUGGCCAAGUUGCUGAGGUUUCUUCACGACAACACAGGAAUUCCCUACGAGCAAAUCUAUUUGGUGGGCCACAGCGCCGGCAGUCACAUCUCCGGGCUGACUGGGAAGAUGAUGAAGCCCUUCCGCUUGGGCGCCAUCUUCGCCCUAGAUCCCGCUGGACUCACCCAACUAAGCCUGGGACCCGAGGACCGACUAACCAACGACGACGCACUUUAUGUGGAGUCUAUCCAUACGGAUUUGACGCUCUUGGGUAAUCCCAGCACCAAGCUUAGCCAGGCCUCCUUCUUUGUCAACUGGGGCCUGGGACAACCGCACUGUCCGAACGCCACGGCCACGGAAUUUGACUUUGUGUGCGACCACUAUGCAGCCGUGUUCUACUUCGCGGAGUCAGUGCGUCGGCCCAAGUCGUUUGCCGCCGUGCGCUGCAGCUCGGCGCAGGCGCUGCGCUCGGCCACCUGCAGCUGCAACAACGGCGGUGGCAGCCAGAUAUGCACCGGCGACGAGUUCAUGGGCGGUGAGCCGGCGGUGCCAAAGCGAGGUAUCUUCUAUCUGAGCACACGACAGCGAUCUCCGUACGGCACCGGCGAUGGCCUGGUCUACAUCCGGCGACCGAUACCGUCCACCAUUAGGGAGACGGCGAAGCGACGCCGACGACUAGGGUAAACGGCACGAGCAAGUAAUGCGAGUUGCGAGCGACCAAAAAGUGAUUUAUCUACAUUUUAAGACAUAGCCAUUAGCCCAAAGAAUGCGAAUAAAGCAAAGUGAUUUCGUAAAAAUAA